AUGCAGGCGUCCCCGUGAUGUGACUUGCUGCAAAGUUGGUUAAAAGUGACUGAAGUUUACAGAGGAGAGCAGACAGUCAUUCUCUCUCUUACUGACGGUGUGAGCCUUUCUCACUCAGCCGGACUCUUCUCGUCUGACAGACUUUGACUGGUAGUUUCACAGACCGUUCAACAUGUCAACAGCGAACCAAAUCUACUUUGGGGACAGAAGUGAUGUUCCUGAUCUCCUCAAGUCCCUGGCUGACUACCCCUUCUCCUUCCCUGCCUUUGAUGAGAUAGGUAAGGCGUGUUCACUUAUCUGUUUCAAGCAGAUCUACUGCCUGAAACUUGUAGAAACUUGUUCCUGUGUAUUUUGAACUUAUAGCCUGAUCAUAGUUUCAUUUACAGACAUUUUCACACGACAUAACUUUGUCAAAACUUUUCUUAAAUCUUCACUCAUUGUCAUCUACAUUUUAAAAUGAAGAUAUUGGAUUCUCAGCUAGAUUUUUGUCUUAAUACGUACCCUGCGUAGUUCGUAUUUCUUGUACAUUAAUCGACCAAAAUAUCGAACAAUAGUGAGCUUCAACUAAGUAUAAUAACUUUUGAAGUUGUUUCAAUAUAAUUCUAAUACAAAGUACAGUGCCAGUGGUCUUUAUUCUGUUUAACACUUGUCAUUUGAUAUGUUUUGGUUUAUUUGCUGUACUUUUUAUUUGUUAUCUAUUUGGCAUACUUUUAUUAGUUUUUAUGAACUACAGUAUAGAAAGUUAACCUAUAAACUUUGUGAAUACAGCAACAUACAAAAAGAUAUGAGCCUUAACAAAUGUAAGAAUCAAUUUUACCACUUAUUGUACUCGCUUUAAUGUAGUAGAAGUGUGCAGUUCUUCUUUUAACACUCUUACUAAGUUAUUUCAACUGGCCUGAAAGCACCCCACACCCUCAUGACAAUGGUAUGAGAUGUUGUCUUGUCUCUCUGAUUCAAAUCUGCGUAACCAGGAAAUCAUUAGUCACUGUUUUAAAGGUCACCAUGAUUGAAUUUGCAAGAUAUCCCUUCAUAGGUUCUUGUCUUUAUGGAAAUUUAGCUAUCUCAUUCAAACAUGCCCAACUGAUCAAAGAGAGUGAGUUUCCUUGUGUCAGCAAACUGUCUGGGCUCUUUCUUCAUGCAUCCCAUCUGAUGCAACAACACUGAAACAGUGUUCACUCAGGGUUUCAUCACAUCAUUACUGCCUCUCUGCACCCUGUUCACUUUUAUAGACUUUCUUGCUGCCUUUUUGGAAAGGGUCUUUCUUUAGUUUUGGUUAGAUAGUUGUUAGUAGAGACAGACAGUAAACAUAUAGGAAGUUGGGAUCACAUGUUGAGGCGCUGAAGGCCACAGGAGGCAUUGUUUCUUUCUCACUUGGAGUGUUUUUCCCCCUCACCUGCAGCCCACAUGUCAGAACAACCCUUUUCCAUUAUUGUUGUUACACUAUCCACAAGAGACUCAAUUUGCUGCCAAUAACCCUUUCAAGCAAAAGUUGGACUUCUUGUAUUCCUUCACCAACAUACUGUAAAAUUACCAGCCCAUUAUUUUAUAGCAAUAAUUAUCGUUCAUAUUGUGCUUUUAAACUUUCUAUUAACUGGCUAAAAAACGAGAGCAAGAGCCACAGGUUAUGGUAUGAUAUAACAAACAAACUGCACAGAGAUGAGAUGAAUAAGAUGAGAUAUGAUACAAUACAAUACAAUAUGAGUCAAUAGACUAUCCUACAACAAGAUACAAUAAGGAAAGAUACAAAAAUUUAUACAAUACAAUGGAGUAAGGCUAUAUGGCGAUGCAAUGUGACACAAUACAAAACAUUAAUACAAUUUACUUUCAUACACCAAGAAACGAUACCAAACAAAAUGGUACAGUACAAUGGGGUGCCGAACAAUACUAUGAUACGAUACGAUUUGAUAUGAAGUACAUGGAAUACAAUAUACCACCAUUCAACAAGAUCCAAUAUGAUACAAUAUACUAUCAUACAACAAGAUAUAAUACCAUAUGAUACAACACAAUACAAAACGCUACCCCUUGAAGAAUUUGUCUAUGAAUUCAACUGCAUUGUAUAUUUAGCCACACAAUGCGAUGGUACAUAUAACACUAUUCAAAGCUAAACAAAUCCAUUACAACACAUACAUACAUUCACAGGCACCCAAGAGCAGGUUGCUAGCAAGCCAGUGUCAGGUGAAGAUCAGAUCAGAUUUGUAGAUUGGCUUUAUACACUCCUUAUGAGCCUUUUGUUUUUUAAUUUGGAGGGAAUAUGCAGAAGUUUAAUUUCCUUAUUCAUGAAGCAGAAUUCACCUACCAUUUUUUUAUGGCUGACUUAACCCUAACAGAAAUUAAAAGUGUGACCUUUGAAUAGCUUUAUUGGCUCUACUGGUCUUCUCUCUUUGUAAAUAAUAGUUCUUCUAAGAAUAAUAUCUUUUUUAGGUAAAUGUCAAAUAGGGAGUUAAGUUUAGAAAAGAAACUUCAAACUCUCUUUUAGCCCAGAGUUAUUUGACCGGCUUUUUGCAUGUAUUUGUCAUGCUGUUGGAAAGAUAGUUUGCAUGUUCGAAAGAAAAGCUUAACAGCAAACCUCCUCCAGCUGUAGACUGGACUAAGACAUAGAGGAGAGGAUUUCUAUCUGGUCAAAACUCUGGUAUUCUGUUUAAAUACUGUUAACUGUUGACAAAAGUACCACUCAGAGGCCAAGUUAGAGACACGUUUGAGAUCAUUUUGUCUCUUACACAGACGGCUGACCUAGAUAUCCUGGUGUUGUUGACCACCCUAAUGAAAAGGGUCUUAAAGGCACAGUGCGCAGUAUUUAGCUGCAUUUGUCAGAACAGAAGCCUUAAAAAUGUUGUACUCAUAUCUUGGUUUAAAUUGGUGUAUAGUCCCGUGAAUUUAAGGGUGGUGUUGUAUUUGUUAACUUAGAGUAAGCAAGUUAUAUCUACAUAGGAGCAGGUUUCUUUUCACAGUGGCCUUCCUUUUCAUCUUGCACUGCCAUGUUUUUUUUUUUUUAAAUAUAUUAAUGUAAUGAUGUGUUGAUACUCAUUAUUGAAUAAAUGUAGAUGAAAAAACAACAACAAAAAAACCUUUGGCUCAUUACAGUAUCGCCACACAAAACUUUGGGAUUUCUGUUGGGCUAUCUGAAAAUUAUUGUGAAAGACAAAAAAACAUGAUAACUUGGUGAUACAAUAAAAAUAAUAUUCCAAGUUAACUUUGAUUUGAUGUCAUUGGUGAAGGUGGUGAUGAAACAUGUUUUCAUUUAGAAAAGAUCAUAAUAUUGGCCUUGUUAGGGCUGAUGCCUAAAUGACGCUGUUAAAUGUCAAAUGCUAUUACUGGGCCUUAUAGUUCAGCUUUUGGCAGUGGAAACGCAAAUAAAUGCAGCAUUUAUCAAAGUUGGGUUGAUGGCAUGUGUGGUAGGACAGGAAAUUUAGACCCAUGACUCAGUAUUUUGAACAUACCAGCCUUGUGUGUAAGAGGGUGUGAGGGUCAUACAGCGUUUAGAGAUGGUGCAUACCACUACAAGUUGAAAUCAGAGGGGCUGUUUGCAUUGACACUUCUCUCUCUGACUCGGCCGGGUCUGUUGUAUCCGUGGCUGAGAUAAGGAGGGAGUGUCACCAGCAUCAGCCCAGUCCUCAUUCCCCUCUCCUCGGUGCUCAGGCUGCUGCUGCAGCAGGGAUUUUACCCGCUCCACUCUGCCGGAGCAGAUAAAGCCCACCCAGCGCACUCGCUGUACCGUGUGGUUUCUGUGGCGAACUUAAGAGAAGAAUAAGAAAUAAUGUUGAAGGUGGGGUGCUACGAGGUUUGAACAUCGUGUUCUUGAACCCAAACAUCCUGCUGGAGACGAGUGCGAGAGCGCAUCACGCGCUCACUGUCGCGUGCAAUAGCAGCGCGUGCACGGGAACGUGAGAUUUCAUUUUUGUUCUUGUACAAAUGCGACUUUGAUGCGGAAUAGUGCCAAAGCACUCUUUAUUUACAUCGUUUUGAAUAAAGUUUGGAUGAAUAUGGAUAAAGGAUGCGUUAAAACAGGAACAUGAAUAAACCAAACAAAAAUAAGCUAUUUAUAAUUAUUUUCAGCUGUUGCUGUGGAUUGUUGAUGUGGUGUUCGGUUUUGUAGAAACACACAUUUUGUUUCAAUAUAAAAAGGUGAUGUUCAGCCUUGAAGGACAGAGCAGUAGCCUAUCAUAAGGAACUGUCUUGUAAACAACAUGUUCCCUGCUACCUCUGGGUCUCGUGCCAGUUGUUCAGACGGGCUCACACGUGCAAUAAAACCGUCUGAAGCCCCGCCUCCAACAGCUUGUACUUUCACGUGAGGAGGGUGCGGGCGGGGGCACGUGUUUGGCCACGAGUACCUUCCUGUGCAGGGUUGGAUGCAAGGAGCUGCUGCAGCCUUUGCAGAGGCACACUGCGAUGUGUGAUUUCUGAGGGUGUGAGGAGACGUUUAGUGAGGGCAGACCUGCACUUUAAUCAUAUGUGGCUUUGUUAAAUUGCUUUUUUCUCGUAGUUUGCAUUAAACAUCAGCAUAUACAAAUGAAUUCCAAACGACGUGUCGGCUGCGUAGGUCUUGAUAAACGUCGUGUUUAUCUUCGUGCACAUACUUUCUUUAAAGAAAUGUAUAAAAGGUAGUUACAAUGUGCACCAUGCAGCCGUACUACUACACAGACAUAGAGGAGCGCCCAACCGCUCUAUUUAUUCUUACGGGCAGCGCCUCCAACCAAUCAGAUUCUACUAUUCCACAAGUGGGCGGGGCACAACGCUCAUGAAUAUCCAACCAUCGUCCUCGGUGGGUGAGGAGAACCAGAAGCUCGUGUAGAGUUGUUUUUGCAUCGAGUACGUUAAUACGGAAAAAAAGGACAGCGAAACAACAUUUAAGGUUUAAAACAGAUUACAGCCGAGUGUCUCUCCGUUCCGUCCUUCCCGGAAAAGGAGGCAGCUGCCGGUUUAUCUACAGUCGGAACAUCGUCGUGGUCUGCUCGGAGCUUAGCGGGGAACAAUGCCUGGCAAAGCGGCGACGGCUGUGGCUCUCCAGUCCGGUGGAAAUGUGGCGAAAGCGGCUUCGCAAAAGUCCUUCCCUUUUGUUUUGAAGAAAAUCAUGGACAUCCCUCCUCCUAACAUCCUGGAAGAGGGCGACGACGGUAAGGGCUCAGUUAGAAAACGAACCCUUAGUUUCCCAUGCAUUUGUAGACCUUAUACUCGACUAAAUGCGCCAAAUAGAACAGUCUGUGCUAAAAACCGUGCAUUAUUUCAUUAGUGAGUAACGUCCGUGGAUUUGUGGAGAAGUGAACGCACAUAUGUCAUGUCACACGGAGCCACUUUCACCUUACUAGCUCUCAGCAAAAGGAAAGAACAAAAAGUUCUUACUCCUCUGCACAGCUCUUCAUAGAGAGCACCCAGACUAAAAACACACCCAGAGACAAAGUCACUCCUAAGCUUUCCAUCGAACACAUUACUUGGAUAUAAUUUUGUAUUCAGUGUGUGUGUUUGUGUCGUGGAGUACAUGUGCCACAUGCAGUUCACUCCCUCAUUUUUGUCUCUCCUUCUCUUCAUCCUCGUUACUCAUCACUGUAUUCAUCCUUUUAUUUCAUCUAACGUUUAACUAGCUGGAUGUACCUUUUCUUUGAAAGAUACACACUACCACCACACCCCCUUUCUAUCACCUGCCUCUCCUCCUAUUACUAUGCUUUUGCAGCGUGUGCACGUGUCUCAGCCCCUUUUCAUUGGGCACUGAUAUCAUGUGUGCACACAAGUUAAUUUGUGCACAAUGAUAAUCUCUUUUGUCUUCAUUGCAGAAAUAGAGAAGGAGAAGCUGUGCUCCUCAGAGGAUGUGGAAGCAGGUGGGGACGGGUCAGCCAGUACAGGCGGUGGAUCCAGAGGAGGCAGCGGUGGCGGUGGUGGCGGUGGAGGGGUAUCAGCCUCCCUGACCCCAGCCAUUUGGGAGAAAACCAUCCCUUACGAUGGGGAGACCUUCCACCUGGAGUACAUGGACCUGGAUGAGUUCCUCCUUGAGAACGGCAUCCCUGUGAGCCUGGAGGAGGAGGAGCUGCAGAAGACGCUGUCUUCAGUGGAAGGCAAAGGCAAAUCCAUCCUCAAGGUUACUGCUACUACUACAACUCCGGCUGCUCCUCCUUCUACUCCACCUGCAGCUGCUGCAGCCUCAGCAUCUUCCCCUUCUGCGUCCCCCACUUCUACGGUCACCUCAGAGCCAGAGGAGACGGUGACAGUCACUACCUUACAACCAGCAAAACUGGAAGAGGAUGAAGAAGAAGAAGAAGAAGAAGAAGAGGAGGAAGAGGAAGAGGAGGCUGGACAAGAAGAGGAGGCUCUUCCUGAGGAACCAACAGCAGAAGUGGAGAAGAAACCGAAGAAAACUGGUGAGAAGUUUUGACCAAUAGGGGGUUAAUGUUUAAUCAAUAGCGGUAAUAUUUGUGGGCACAUUUGAAUUCAUAGUUCCUCUUUAUUUAUGAUGUUUCAGAUAAAUUACCCACUGGUUUUUAUAACUCAUUGUGGAUACACAAUACACCUCCUGUUAUUGAUCAAAAUUAGUUGGUACUACAUAUGACAAUGUUUAUCUUAGAUUUGACUGAAGUACAAUAUAUAGUUGAGCUUCCUGUGUUGUAAAAGUGAAGUGUAGUUAAUCAUUAAUUUUGGCAUAACCUUAACUGACCUUCUUCAUAUAGACAGUCUGACAAACACCUGACCCUUGAACUCAAACUAUAGGGCCUGUCUACACACAACUGUAACCUUUAUCUCGCUGUUUUUUAAACUUUUCUUUUUAAGCCUAAAAGCAGAAACUAAGAGCACUUCAUCAAACCUGCUUACUGAGGAGUGCUGCAUUAAAAAACAAACAGUGUGCAACUCUCUCUGCAAAUACCAAAUUACCAACUGAAACAGGAAUAAUAUCAAAUCAUCGAAUACCUAAAGAUGCUGACAUAUUUUCACAUCCAGGUCCAGGAAAAGUGGUUAAAUAUUACAGACAGGAUGAUAUCUACAGAAAUCUUCUAUGCCACUUUAACUCAUUUUGGUCUACACAGAUAUAAACAUUUGUUUCAUUUGAAAUAACACCAAGUUUCUGCUGUAGUGGACUGCACCUGUUGCUCCCAUUUUGACUGUCUGUCUUGGAACUGUUAACAAAACAACACAAAAAAAUAUGAUCCCACCACAUGUGAUCCUAUAUUUCUCUUCAAAUACAGACAUGCAGUAAUAUGUCUGCUGUUUGUUUGUUGUGGCACUUACUAAUAUUUCCACACAGCCCACAUAUUGAAGCUUGUGCUCAUCAGCUCUUAUUAUCUUCGUCAUCAGGCAGAUAUUUUUAUAUUCACAGAUAGAACAACAAACCUUUUGAUCUGUUUCUAACCAAGUUGCUAAAAAAUAACUAAAUUUAAAUAAAUUGCAUGACAGUCAGCUGAUUUAAUGACAUAUACAGAUCUUACUCCUCCCACUCUUAGUUAAAACUUAGGGUGUACUUUGAGUUCUUUUCAAAUAAAGAACUUUUUACUUGAGCAGAUUAAUAGACUGGUAGUUAAACAUCAUUAAAGCAGCUGUAUUUGAGUAGAAUAUUUUAGUUGUCAUUUCAUCUUUGCUUUACAGAUACAUAAUUAAAUCCUUGCUAAUUAGAUUUCCAAAAAAAACAAAUCUUUUUAGAUAUUUGUGAUUUUAUUUUGAAAUUCAAAAAAAUAGGAACAGUACAAAACACUGAAAUGUAAAGAGCAUAAUACAUUCAUGAAAAAGGAAAAGUUUGUUAUGGCUUUCUAAACUUGGAUUGGAGUUUAAAUGUUGAAAGAGUAAAGUUGCUGAAAAAUGCGCAAUAAAUAUAGAAAUAAUUGUAGACUGUAGAGUUCCUGUAAAAGAAAUAUUUAAGUUUCUCUUCAGAAAUAUGUCUCUCUUAAUCCAAAUAAACAAACUGAAACUACACACUCAGACUUAAGUACAAAAAACAGUCUAGCCGUAAGAGAAACUGAAAAUAGAAACUGAUCACAGAGAAGGUCUUUGUAUUCAUUCAGGUCAAAUCACACAUUGUCGUCUCAUGUCUGUUAAAACAGACCUGCAAACAGGCUUAGACGCUCAGUCAGGGAAUAAAUUCAAUCACAAAUACUGGGCUGCAUUGAAAGUAAUGAGGCUUUUCUUCAUGAGUCUAUUUCAGAGUGUGAGAGAACAUUAAUUAAAGGGUCCAAACAUGUUAAGCCUCUUUCUGUGUUUUUUUUUCAAGUGGCCCCUCUUCUAUGAAAGCUGACUUUGUCUCUCCAAACACACAGAUCGUAACUCUGCAGAGCGCAACACACCAUCCCCCAUCGACCCAGACGCCAUUGAGGUGGACAUCAACUUCCAGCCAGAUCCCACAGACCUGGUUCUGUCCAGCGUGCCAGGCGGAGAGCUGUUCAACCCCCGCAAACACAAGUUCAGCGACGAGGAGCUGAAACCUCAGCCAAUGAUCAAGAAGGCAAAGAAAGUGUUUGUUCCUGAUGAACAGAAGGUAGGCUGGUUUAUUGAUCUAUCUGUGAUAUUGUACAAAUACUUGUUUGCCCUGUCGCUAUAGGGAAUCACAGACUGGCAAAGCAAAUUUCUUGUGUUUUUGAUGACUGUAAGGCUGCUGGAUGUUCUGGUCUGUGCUGGUAAAGAUUAAAAGCUUUUCCUAGUAGAGUGCUGGCAUCUGGAUUAGAGAUCAAAGACAGGGAUGUUCUCACAACACAGAUGUUAGUUUCAAAUCCCUCAUUGAUGUAGAUUCAUCCAGCUGUACUGCUUUUUUUUUAAUUUAAUGUAAACUCUCAUUUUCUCAGGAUGAGAAGUACUGGUCCAGGAGGAAGAAGAACAAUGUGGCGGCAAAGCGUUCUCGUGACGCACGUCGCCUGAAGGAGAACCAGAUCACAGUGCGCGCCUCCUUCCUAGAGCGGGAAAACGCCGCUCUGCGCCAGCAAGUGGCCGAGCUGAGGAAGGACUGUGGCCGCUGCAAGAACAUCCUGGCCCGCUAUGAGGCUAAGUACGGUCCUCUGUAAAGAACUCCCACACGAGUCAAACCCACGAUGUAUUGAUGAGACAUGAGGCAGAACUUCCUUCCCCGCAGAAUUCAACACAGACACAAACAUCAAGGGAAUCUAAAUUUGCACUGUCGUCUUUACUGACCUCUGGUCACUGUGUCGAGCUCUAGAGGUUGUGUCUAACACCAUGCUGGAGUCUUAGAUACACACCGGCAGGCAGUGAGGCAUUAUGGGAGCGGUGGUCACAGUGAAGGCCUGUGGAGAGCGCCUGGCUCCUACACUCAGAGAAGAAGGGGACAAUUGUGGAUUCUCCCACGGUCAAACACACAGUGAAAGAACUGUCUGACUCAAGACAGCUCCAAGAAAGUCAGGAAACAUAAAGUGGUCUGUUUUUUUAAAGAAAUGCAGGCUUUUAAAUACUCCACAAACCAGCUUUUAUCACUGCACAGUACUUCUCCUUAGAGGACCAAAGCAUGAGUCAGUUAGAAGACGUGUAUUUAGAAAGGUGUACACUAGCCGUCCCUCACUUUUCCUUGUGUUGCACUUCUAUUUGUGUCUGUUGUGUCUGUACUUAAAAAAACUGUGGCAGAGGCUCAGGAGAGGGAUGUAGAUGAACAGGAGAGGAGCAGGAACAGAUUCUCAGAGGUACUUCCAGCCUGAGGAAAGAGGAGGCCUCAGGUCUGUAGAGGAGAAACGGAGGAGUCCUUAAGCGGUGUGAUUCAGACCCAGUUCUUCCCACAUGCACGCGUCUGCGCACACAAUAACGCUGUUUGUAUAUAAAGUCAUCUACCUGCACCACACAGAUUCGUGGCUGCAUCAUUCACACGUAUUUUGUAAAAACAGAUUUAGAUAGUGGCAGGUUACUAUCUAACUCACUGAGGCCACAAAGGGCGACAGAAAAUCUCUGAAGGAGAGAAACCUGCAUGACUUACAGUUAGAAGCUGCUGUGAUGUAGCUUCUUUUCUACGAGCAUCAGGCCAGCCUCCAGAUCCUGACAUGAUGGUUUUUUUAUUUUUUUGAAAGGAGGAAGAUUUUCAUUUUGUGAAGAGAUGAAAAUAACUUAAAUACAGCAGAGAAAAAAGAGAUAGUUUUUUAGAGAGAUACUAUAGAAGGCUUAUGUCUGAUGAUCUGCAGGGCCCUCACCGGUGGAGGGGUACGUUCAUAUGUUAGGAUGUUUAUUUUACUGCACACUGCAGGUAGAGGGCGCUAGAGCCGCUGCCUGCCUGAUCACAGUGUAGUGAUGGCUGGAUUGAUUUUUUUAAAAUAAAGUCAGGCCCAAAGCCGACUGCUUCUAAACCUUGUAAAUACAUGAUUGUCUCAUAGUCUGUAUUUCCUGAGACAGGAAAUGUGACUGUGUCUUUAUUAACCCAAUACUAUUCCUUAUAUUUGCCAAAUAGUCAAUGAGUGCUGUAUUUAUUCUGAUGGUAAUAAUGCAUCUGUUGAUUGUGAUGUACAACAAUAUGUCAGAUUAUUUCCUUUAAGGAACAAUACUUCUAAUGAAACCAGUGCAGGGAAAUCAAUGGGUAAACUGUGCUUUUGGAUGUUUGUUUUAAAAACAGAUUUCUAUAGUUUUAUGGGAUUUGCUUUCUCUAUAAAAAAUACAGUAUGUGUAAGACACAGAGGACAGGGCACACAAUUAUUUACCUCAUCCAACACUUCCAAUUCUGAACGGUAUAAAAAAGAAGCAGGGCUACAAAGUGGUGUUGGUUGAAGCAGAGAGCACAUAAAAAAGCAGCUUAGUUUCAUUUGGCAAAAUGUUUGAAUUGAUAAAUUGAGUUCUCUUUGCCAAAGUGGCUGAGUCUGUGUCUAAAUUAGUAAAUGAAACACUGCAGACUGUUAUGGGACUUUAUAUCUCAAGUGUCUUUGGCUGAUGCAGAUUUAGUCAUCAGUCAGCUUGCACUCAUAAUCGCCGUAAUCUUGGGAAGAAAAUAAAUGUGGCAAUAAUACUCUGUUAUGUAAUGCUUGUUUAAUUUCAGUGAUGAUGUUAUAUGUAAAAUUGCUAUGACGUGCUACAUAGAAAUGUCCCAAAGUCAUUUGUGCUUCCAGUUUUGAUCCUCUGUAGUCUAGGAUCCUAAUGCAUGAAUCCUGGUAAAUUCGUCUUUUUUGUUGCUUUUCUUUUUCUUUUUCUUUUUUUCUCACACCAAGUGUACUUAUGUCUGUAACCAUCACUGAAAACUCAAUGUGUUUUUGGAUGGGUCGGUUCAUGGCUUGCUGUUGUAAGAAAAAGCAAAACAAAAUUUGACCUGAUGUCAUAUGUUUAUGACUUGCUCAACAGCGCCACCUAUCAUUGUGCAGCCAGUGUUGACAUUUGGGGCGAACAUGAGCUAAAACAGUAUCUGUUGAUCACUGUGUGGAUUGAUUUCUAUUGACUAAAGAUUGAUCCAUGUCUGCUUACACUGGAUCAGUUGGUGUUUUUUCUCAAUAAAUUCUGUGUUUUUUGGGAUUCAUGAUGGUGUAAAAUAACAGACACUUCUUAAAAAAUGUGUUCCUUUUUUGCAAUUGACAUUCAGACUUGAUAUUAACUGCAUUAUACUGUUUAUACUUUAAUGUAGUUGAUGAAUACAAACCUUUGAGUUACUUUUUGACUAAAUUUAAAACAUUUUGGCAAAGUUGACAAAAGUUUCAGGCCAGGAGAGCCUCUAAAGAAGAAGACAGAUUAAUAUUGUUUAUAGUACUGUGUAUGGUAUGUAGCAAUCUCUUCUUUUAUUUUCUUUUUUAAAAUUUUUCUUUUUGAUGUGUAGCACCUCGUCGAACUUGCCUCUGCCUAAAUAAAUCUGCUCAUUUGAAACUGUUAUGGUAAAUAAUAGCAGAGCUCUUGAUGUGAUGAGUCUGUCACCACCUACAGACAAAGAUGGGAAUUGCAGGGACAAUAUUUGUUUCUUUAUAGCAGCUGUUUUCUCUGUGUUUGAGGAUUAAUCAAACACUUAAUCUGCUUGUUUGCAUAAAAAUACUUUUUGACACAACACAAGAAAAGUAAUCCUUGAUUUAAGCUCGGGCAUUCAAAUGUAGGCCAUUAAAACAAUCAAUACAUACUGGGACUGACGCAAGAAACAACCUUUUUAAAUGUGUAAAAAUAUGUCAUAUCUUGUCAGUAAUAUGAACUACAACUUGGUUCAUCCUUGGUGGAAGAAGUGGUUCUGUGUGCUCAUAGCAGCCCUGUAUAACAGAGAGAAGACACAGCUGUUCUUUUUAAGCUACACUCAAAAUACAGAUGUGCAAGGUUUUUUCAUUAAUGCAAACAUAACACACGCCUCUUUGGUGGUGCUAAUAUUUGAACAUUUGUACUUAAUAACCCUUUUUUGGGCUUUUUCAUCCAGUCUUGUAAUUUAAGAUGAAUACAGGAAGUAGCAUGUGCUUCAUUUCAAAAUUUAAGCAUGUACAGGAAACUUUGUUCAGGCGAGACAAUAAAAGUAUCGCACAAUUGUUAUAGAAGGGAAUUUCUCCUCAUAAGUGUAACACAAAUUGUGGCCCUUACGCUCGCCUUUAACAGAGAGUGUUUGGCUGUGAUCGCGGCCCAAAGCAAGGUACUUAAUUUUAUGAAAAAAAAAGGAGGGUGUGUGUAAAAAUGUUUGUGUAAAUAUUGCGCUAAAAUCCCUUAAUUUUUUGGGCCAUGAUAGCUGAGGUGAAAACACGAUACUGUGCUGUCUUCAGUAUAUACUGAUGUCUGAACACACAAAUUUUGAUGUGUCCUAAUCUGAAUGUAAAAAAAAAAACAAAAAAACAACACACCCACUGAAGUGUUUCAUAGAUCGCGUGGCACAAGUGCAAAAAUGUUGUUUCUCUACCUGAAGAUGGUGCCAAUUAGCAUUCAAAACUGACUCUGCUUUUUUCUGGGUCUGGUCUGAAAGGGUUGGUUCUGGCUCUGGGUGCUUCACAUCAACGACACUAUAGGUCCUUGUUUACUUUUCCAAGUAGCUACAAAACUCUGAAAAUACUUUAAACAAUUGAAAACAUUUUUAAAGUUUUGUUUGUUUUGUGGUGUUUUAAUUUGUUUUCUCUUUUUAUAUAACAUAUGUUUUUGUUAAGUGUUUUUGUAACGUCCUAACCAUGUAUAGGAUACAUGCAACUGCAGUACCAUGUCCUAACUGUAUCUUGUAUCAUGCAUAUAAAAUAAAUUGGAAUCUAAUGCCA